AACUUGUUGCCUUCGAGGUAUAUCAGGGGAUUGGUUUGGGAUGCCGCCUUAGCCGCACACUCGUCCUUAUAAACAUCGAAAGGACCGCCUGAUCAGCCAAAACCUCAAAGGAUUUCAUCAUUGUAAUGUGCCCGGAAUGGAUUCAGAUCAUCAGGAACAGAGAGUGGAUUCCGACGAUCAUCAUCAUCAUCAUCAGCAACAGCAAGAACCAUCGUUUAAGAAGAAGAGGAACAACAACCAAACGAAAAAGAAUACAAAAUCUUCUACCGUAAUCAUGAAGAAGAGAAGAUUAGCAGCUAAUGCUCGAGAAAGAAGAAGAAUGCACAGUUUAAACGUGGCAUUCGAUCGACUCAGAGCAGUUGUUCCAUCGUUCGAUGACAACAAAAAGUUAUCCAAGUACGAAACUCUUCAAAUGGCUCAGAGUUAUAUAAUUGCUUUAAGUGAACUCCUCGUCGAUGAGUAAAUUCUACUAUAUUUAAGUGUA